AUGAGUGAGGCGGGGUACGAUGAUUCCAUUAUACAAGAACAAGGGAGGAUGAGGAGGAGUGUGUACAUUUCCGAGAACCAGUUUGGUUUCAUGCCGGGACGAUCGACUACUGAAGCCAUCCACAUUGUAAGGAGAUUGGUGGAGCAAUAUAGAGCGAUGAAGAAGGAUUUGCAUAUGGUGUUCAUUGAUUUAGAGAAAGCUUAUGACAAAGUCCCAAGAGAGAUUUUAUGGAGAUGUUUGGAGGCUAAGAGAGUGCAUGCAGUGUAUAUUAGAGUAAUCCAGGACAUGUAUGAUAGAGCUAAGACACGGGUUAAGAUAGUAAGAGGAGACUCUGAGUACUUCCCAGAUAAUGACAUAGUCCUGAUUGAUGAGACGCACGGUGGUAUUAACGAGAGGCUGGAGGUAGCGAACGGGGAUGUGAGGCUUGAUACGCAAGUCAUACCUAGGAGACAGAGUUUCAAGUACCCGGGGUCUAUAAUUCAGAAUGAUGGGAAGAUUGAUGGGGAUGUCACACAUCGUAUCGGGGCAGGGUGGAUAAAGUGGAGGCUCGCUUUUGGUGUCUUGUACGAUAAGAAUGUACCGUUGAGACUUAAGUGUAAGUUCUACAAGGUAGUGGUUAGACCGACUAUGUUGUAUGAGGCAGAGUGCUGGCCAGUCAAUAACUCCCAUGUCCAGCAGAUGAAUGUAGCUGAAAUGAGGAUGUUGAGAUGGAUGUAUGGACAUAAUAGGUUAGAUAGAAUUAGGAAUGAAGUUAUUCGGGACAAGGUGGGAGUGGUCCCUUUGGAGGAAAAGAUGCGAGAGGCGAGACUGAGAUGGUUCGGGCAUGUUAAGAGGAGAAACACAGAUGCCCCAGUCAGGAGGUGUGAGAGGUUGGACUUGGGGGUAAGAGGAAGGGUAGAGGUAGGCCAAAGAAGUCUUGGGCAGAGGUGA